ACGCAUUCCGGCUGCGGAGAGUGUCGCCGCCCAAGUCUCCCGCGGCAACCUAAUUUCGGCUAACGCCUGCGGUUCCUAGGUGGUGGGAACAGGGGGCGCCGGGCUUGCUCCGCCCCGGCCCUCAGAGGAAGGGGGGGUCGCUCCCUGCUAGUGGGAGGGUCGCAGCCCGCGCUCCCCCUCCUCACCCGCCAGCCCCGGAUUAAAUGCGGCCGCCGCCUACGCUCGCUCCAGCUGCCUGGCAAUCCCCACCGAGGGCGCGCUGCCCACGCCGUUACCUGGUCCAAGUGCCUGCGAGGCUCCGCCCGUUGGCUCCGCUCUGCAGCCGCGCCUCUGAGCUGUCCGGCAGGCUCAGGCUCUGACGCCUCCUAUUUCCUGUCGCCUGAGAACCAUGAGAGGCCUUCUUUUCUGGCCACUGCUCAUGUGGCUGCUCCUUCUCCAGCUCUGGGAAACUCAGCUCCAGGUGGCAGCAGGUACCAGGUGCCACACUGGACCCCUGGAUUUGGUGUUCGUGAUUGACAGCUCCCGCAGCGUACGCCCAUUCGAGUUUGAGACGAUGAGGCAGUUCCUGGUGGGCCUCCUCCGUGGCUUGAACGUGGGGCCUAAUGCCACGCGCGUCGGCGUGAUCCAGUAUUCGAGUCAAGUGCAAAGCGUCUUCCCACUCGGCGCCUUCUCGCGCGCUGAGGACAUGGAGCGUGCCAUUCGUGCUCUGGUGCCGCUGGCUCAGGGCACCAUGACUGGGCUGGCAAUCCAGUACGCCAUGAACGUGGCCUUCAGUGUGGCGGAGGGCGCGCGCCCCCUAGAGGAGCGCGUGCCGCGCGUUGCUGUCAUCGUGACAGAUGGGCGGCCCCAGGAUCGCGUGGCUGAGGUGGCAGCUCAGGCGCGCGCUCGCGGCAUUGAAAUUUACGCUGUGGGGGUGCAGCGAGCAGAUGUGGAUUCCCUGCGCGCCAUGGCGUCGCACCCGCUAGACCAGCACGUCUUCCUAGUUGAGUCCUUCGACCUAAUUCAGGAGUUUGGCCUGCAGUUCCAGGGCCGGCUGUGUGGGAAGGACCAGUGUGCUGAGGGGGAACACAACUGCCAGCACCAAUGUGUCAACGCCCGGGGCACAUUCCACUGCGCCUGCAACUCUGGCUACAAGCUAGCGCCAGAUAACAAAAGCUGUUUGGCCAUUGAUCUGUGCGCUGAAGGGACCCAUGGAUGUGAGCACCACUGUGUCAAUUCCCCGGGUUCCUAUUUCUGUCACUGCCAUGCUGGCUUUGUACUCCAGCAGGACCAGAAGAGCUGCAGGGCCAUUGACCACUGCAGCUUCAGGAACCACAGCUGUCAGCACGAGUGUGUCAGCACCAUUGCUGGGCCACAGUGCCGCUGCAGAGAGGGCUACCACUUGCUGCCUGAUGGGAGAAGCUGCCAGGUCCGGGACCUAUGCAACGGCGUGGACCAUGGCUGCGAGUUCCAGUGUGUGAGUGAGGGCUUCUCAUAUCGCUGCCUGUGCCCUGAGGGGCGGCAACUUCAGGCAGAUGGCAAGAGCUGUAACCUUCUGGAGGCUGGGGAGUCCAAGACCAAGGUGCCAGCAGAUUCAGUGUCUGGAUGCCGAGAAGGCCACGUGGACCUAGUUCUGCUGGUCGAUGGCUCCAAGAGCGUGCGCCCGCAGAACUUCGAGCUGGUGAAGCGCUUCGUGAACCAGAUCGUAGACUUCCUGGAUGUGUCCCCCGAGGGCACGCGUGUGGGCCUGGUGCAGUUCUCGAGCCGUGUGCGCACCGAGUUCCCUCUGGGCCGCUACGGCACCGCAGCCGAGGUGAAGCAGGCGGUCCUCGCCGUGGAGUACAUGGAGCGUGGCACCAUGACAGGCCUGGCGCUGCGGCACAUGGUGGAGCACAGCUUCUCUGAGGCACAGGGAGCGCGGCCUCGCGCGCUCAAUGUGCCUCGGGUGGGCUUGGUCUUCACCGAUGGCCGCUCCCAAGAUGACAUCUCGGUGUGGGCAGCGCGUGCCAAGGACGAAGGCAUUGUCAUGUACGCCGUGGGCGUGGGCAAGGCGGUGGAGGAGGAGCUGCGGGAGAUCGCCUCCGAGCCCGCGGAACUGCACGUGUCCUACACCCCGGACUUCAACACCAUGACGCACCUGCUGGAGAACCUCAGAGGCAGCAUCUGCCCGGAAGAGGGCAUCGGCGCGGGGACAGAGCUCCGGAGUCCGUGCGAAUGCGAAAGCCUCGUGGAAUUCCAGGGGCGCACGCUGGGGGCGCUCGAGAGCCUGACGCAGAACCAUAUCCUUUGCGGAGUGGGGAGGGGGCCGGAGGGAGAGUGAAGGGACCCCGGAGAACCCCAAAGGCUUUCUUAACGGUUCACUGGCCCAGCUGACGGAGCGCCUUGAAGAGCUGGAGAAUCAGUUAGCCAACCAGAAGUGAGGGCCACUGGUGACCGAA